CCUGAGGUUCUGCUCCUUCCUCCGACAUCUCAAACAACACAAUAUUGACCGCCUGAGAGGAGACAGGGAGAUCUGUUAAUGAUGUACACAUACACAGUGCUGAUCGCUUCCUAACAACUGAGCAAGCUGAGACACGAAGUUCUUCAGCUACUGGUGUAAAAUCUGCAGAUGAUAUAAUGUCUACUUCUGUAUCAGAUGCACCAUGUGGUGGCUACCUGUAUAGCAGCAGUGGCACUUUUUACAGCCCCGGCUAUCCAAACAUGUACCCAUCAAACAUAAACUGUGUGUGGUACAUCAGACCAGGCAGAUCAAUUGUGCAGCUGGACUUAUCUAAUAUGAACAUUGAGAGUCAAGCAACGUGUCAUUUUGAUGCCAUUUACGUCUAUGAUGGCUCCAGUACUGAAAGCAGGCUUCUGGGGAAGGUGUGUGGCACGAACAGCACCACCUUCAACUCCACUGGUGCUUAUUUGACAGUGCGCUUCAGGAGCGAUAACACUAUUAGCUACUCAGGAUUUCGUGCUGACUACAGAGUUGUGGGUUCCUGCAGAUCCUACUGUGGCUACGAUUUUGGAACCUGCUCUUGCUCUUCAAGCUGUGGAUACAGAGGGACUUGUUGUCCAGACUAUGAAAAGUACUGCCAAGCCCCGACUUCAGAACCGGCAGUCUCCACAGCUCGGCCCUCAUGUCGCUACAACUGCGGCAUGUACAUGGGAAGCUGCUCCUGCACAAGCUCCUGUCAAUACUAUGGCAACUGUUGUCCUGACUACUACUCUUACUGCCAGUCUCCCACCGCCGCAACUGUCAGACCCACCACAGCUCAGCCCUCAUGUCGCUACAACUGCGGCAUGUACAUGGGAAGCUGCUCCUGCUCAAGCUCCUGUCAAUACUAUGGCAACUGUUGUCCUGACUACUACUCUUACUGCCAGCGGACAACUGCCAGGACUGUCCGACCCACCACAGCUCAGCCCUCAUGCCGCUACAACUGCGGCAUGUACAUGGGAAGCUGCUCCUGCUCAAGCUCCUGUCAAUACUAUGGCAGCUGUUGUCCUGACUACUACUCUUACUGCCAGUCUCCCACCGCCGCAACUGUCAGACCCACCACAGCUCAGCCCUCAUGUCGCUACAACUGCGGCAUGUACAUGGGAAGCUGCUCCUGCUCAAGCUCCUGUCAAUACUAUGGCAACUGUUGUCCUGACUACUACUCUUACUGCCAGCGGACAACUGCCAGGACUGUCCGACCCACCACAGCUCAGCCCUCAUGUCGCUACAACUGCGGCAUGUACAUGGGAAGCUGCUCAUGCUCAAGCUCCUGUCAAUACUAUGGCAACUGUUGUCCUGACUACUACUCUUACUGCCAGUCUCCCACCGCCGCAACUGUCAGACCCACCACAGCUCAGCCCUCAUGUCGCUACAACUGCGGCAUGUACAUGGGAAGCUGCUCCUGCUCAAGCUCCUGUCAAUACUAUGGCAACUGUUGUCCUGACUACUACUCUUACUGCCAGCGGACCACUGCCAGGACUGUCCGACCCACCACAGCUCAGCCCUCAUGUCGCUACAACUGUGGCCAGAACCUGGGAAGCUGCUCCUGCACAAGCUCUUGUCAAUACUAUGGAAACUGCUGUUACGACUUCUAUUCCUACUGCUCAGUCAUAGCUGGCAGCACCACAGCUGCGCCAUGUGGAGGCUAUCUGUAUGGCUCUGGCACCUUCUCCAGCCCAAACCAUCCCAGCUACUACCACGACAACGCCUACUGUGUCUGGCAGCUCAGAGCUGCGUAUGACCAAAGAAUCUUCCUGGCAUUCACAUACCUGCAAUUGGAGAACUGCUGUUCCUGUGACUACAUUGCAGUCUACGAUGGGCCGUCUGUCAGUUCACGAUAUCUGGGGAAAGUGUGCAACAACAGUAUGGACUCUUUCUACUCCACCUCCAACUACAUGACCGUGCUCUUCCGAACCGAUGGCUCUGUGGUUGGCCGGGGGUUCAAUGCUGAGUUCAUGAGUUCCCUGUCACCAAACUCAGGUCGAGUGGACUGUUCCUCAGACAACAUGAACAUUGUGAUUGAGAGGACUUACCUGAACUCUCUCGGCUAUGAAGGCCACAGUCUGUACCUGGAUGACCCAUACUGCAGACCCCAGGUUAACAGAUACCAGGUGGUCUUCAGUUUCCCCAUCAACACUUGUGGCAAUGUUCGAAAGUUUAAAAAUGGCAGAGUUGUGUACACAAACACUCUCCGUGCGUACGGCACCAGCUCCGGAGAGAUCACACGCCAGUCUCAAUUGAAGAUGAACGUGGGCUGCCGAAUGGAGCAGGACUCAGUGGCCCAGAUAAUGUACCUCGUGGAACAUCACGGUAACAGCAGCAUUACAGGCACAGGCAGAUUCAAUACCAGCAUGGAUUUCUACACAUCCAGCAGCUUCUACUACAAGGUGACUCAAGCGCCAUACGAGGUGAAACUCAACCAGGACAUGUAUGUCCAAGUGGACCUGAGAAGGGGUGACAGCACCCUGGUCCUCUUUCUUGACACCUGCGUGGCCUCACCAUCGCCCCAUGAUUUCCAGACCAGACCUUACUACCUGGUCCGUAACGGAUGUCCUGUGGACAACACCUACUAUGCCUACGUCACUGGCACCAGUUCCUUUGCCCGUUUCAAGUUUAAGGCCUUCCAGUUCCUGCGAGCAACUGACUCGGUGUACAUCCAGUGCAAGGUCCUGAUAUGCCCAGCCUCUGACUACAAUUCCCGAUGCCACCGUGGCUGCAACAGACGUAUGACCAGAGACCUGGGGUCACAACAUGACAGCCAAACCUUGGUCCUGGGUCCCAUCCAACUCAAAGACCCUGAGAAAAAGGAUGAAGGGAGUCAUGAGCAGGACAAGGCUUAACUGGAUAUUGCAGUGAGCUGCUUCGGUUUUCUUUACAAAUCAUUACUCUGUAGCUCCUGCCAUUCGGUUCAUUUUGACACUCAAUUAUACUCACCAUUUUCCUCUUUAUCGGAUUAUCUGAUUAAAAGCAUCAU